UAGCCACGCGCCAAAGUAGGCGUCGGUCGAAUCUAAUGAUGAUAAAACUCUCUCUCAACGUUCAGACAAACAGAAACCAAAUAAAAAAAAAUAUUAAAAGAAUCUUCUCAUGUCUCUUCAAGUCUUUGCCUCAAAAUCAAUAGUCUUCUCUCUAUCUCUCUCCAUCUCCAUCUUCCUCGUUCAUCAUCACUUCUCAGAUUGCGUUUUCCUCUCGAUGCUCUCUCUCUUACCUUUUGACUUUGUAAGAUGAGAGAAGAAGAUUCCAACUGGUUUGCUAAAUGGGAAGAAGAGCUUCCAUCACCAGAAGAGCUCAUACCUUUAUCUCAAUCCCUCAUCACACCCGAUCUCGCCAUCGCCUUCGAUCUCCUAACUCCUAACCAAAAUUCAAACCAACCUCAACCUCAAACCACUCCUCCUCAAACCAACUCCUCAGCCGACUUCGCAGUAGACUCCUCCGGAGACGAGCCAGCUCGGACUCUAAAACGCCCCCGUUUAGUAUGGACGCCGCAGCUCCACAAGCGUUUCGUCGACGCGGUGGCCCAUCUCGGCAUCAAGAACGCUGUUCCCAAAACCAUCAUGCAGCUCAUGAGCGUCGACGGGUUAACGAGAGAGAACGUCGCUAGCCAUCUUCAGAAGUACCGUCUCUACCUCAAGAGGAUGCAAACCGGAGGCGGUGGAAACGUCGGCGAGUCUGAUCAUCUCUUUGCUAGCUCACACGUUCCUACGCAUUUUCUUCACCCGACGGGUAGACAAAGCUCUGAUCAUUUCAUUCCACCUUUUGUCCCCAUCACGGCGAGUACUCACCAGCCGCCUCAGUUCCUCCACCGGCAGAUGUUCACCUCUCAGGGGAAUAACAAGAUGGAUCAGUCUUUGUUUUUGGCUAGGCAGAGUCAACAAGUUCUCACCAGACCAUCUUCGUUGCAUUUGCAUAGCCAAGUGGCUAACUAUGGAGAGGAUUUGGAAUCAGGAGCCAAGACGGCUUUGACUCUGUUUCCAUCUCGAGAAGAAUAGAUUGAAACAUCCACAAAAAAAAAAGAAAAAAAAAUUCGAGAUCUGCCUUUUGUUUGUGCAAUGUAGAUCCGGUUAGUACAAGAACUCUGUGACCGGAUCUUUUUGGUAUUAAGACAUGAGUUAUCUCUGUACUUUAACUAUGUGUGUGUGUGUGUGUUUUUUUUUUUGCUUUUGAGUUUAGAUUUGUUUCUCAAAAAGUUGUUUGUAGCUUUGCACCGAAUAUCAUAAAAG